GCCUCCUCAUCUACCGUCUCGCGCGACUCGCCCACAAGCCUCCGGUUCCGUCCGCCGUUUCGCCGUCGUCGUCGGGAGGUAGCGAGAAGAGAUGGCGGGCCGUGGCAAGUCGAUCGGCGCGGGCGCGGCGAAGAAGGCGACGUCGAGGAGCUCCAAGGCCGGGCUCCAGUUCCCCGUCGGCAGGAUCGCCAGGUUCCUCAAGGCCGGCAAGUACGCCGAGCGCGUCGGCGCCGGCGCCCCCGUCUACCUCGCCGCCGUCCUCGAGUACCUCGCCGCUGAGGUUCUUGAGCUGGCCGGGAACGCUGCGAGGGACAACAAGAAGACACGCAUCGUGCCUCGCCACAUCCAGCUGGCUGUCCGCAACGACGAGGAGCUGACGAAGCUGCUCGGCAGCGCCACCAUCGCGAGCGGCGGCGUCAUGCCCAACAUCCACCAGCACUUGCUCCCCAAGAAGGCCGCCCCGUCCAAGGCCUCCAGCCAUGACGACGACGACAACUGAGGCAUCCUGCCGCCGUCUUGUUGCUGGUUUUGUAGGAGUAGCGUUUUGUUGUUUUGGUGAUACCUGCGAGAGCUUGAUGUGUUGGGGAUGGGGAAGUAGGAUAAGAAGGUUGCAAUAGGUUCUUGGCUGGUUGGCAAUGUUCUUUGAAUGGGAUGUGAAUACCGCUAAGUUUUUGGGUUGUCGAACUCAGGGGUGGAAGGCAGAUGAUGUUUUAAUUUAUCGUUGAAGAAAUGAAAUGUUAAGAAGUGAAACUUCAAUCAAACCGUACUUCCACUUCGCA